UUCUGCUAAAUAGAAAAUGGACCAAACUUGGCCAUGAAAUCUUUAGGAUCCAUUAUUUUAGUCAAGUUUCAAGUCUGCUUUGGUUGUUUUGUUCAAACCGCCCUUCAUUUCUAAUUCCACUUUCUCUCCUUCUUUAUUUUUUUGGAAACCCUCAACGAAUACGUCUGAUUUUUGUCUAUUUUGAUCGGUUUUGUUGAUAAUCCCUUCCUACUAUCUCAGUGAUCAUUAGAAUUCUGUACACACAAGAAAUGGCUGCAAAUAAAUUUGCAAGUAUGGUGCACAGAAACAGCAACAAGAUUACUCUGAUUCUCGUCUACGCAGUUCUUGAAUGGAUCCUUAUAGUCCUCAUUCUGUUAAACUCCCUGUUUACGUAUUCGAUCCUCAAGUUUGCUGAGUAUUUUGGGCUGAAGCGACCCUGCCUAUGGUGCACUCGAAUAGAUCAUAUCUUUGAUCGUAGUCUUUCAAAAGGGGGCAAGAAAUUGCCCAGGGAUCAUCUCUGUGAAGCUCAUUCUAUGGAAGUUUCCAGAUUGGGGUUCUGUUCGAGUCAUCAGAAAUUGGUUGAAUCUCAAAACCUGUGUGGGGAUUGCGUGACCUCGUCGAGCUCAAAGAAUGGUAAUGACGGUGAGGUUAAGUUGAGCUGUUCUUGCUGCGGUGCGAGUUUAACUUGUAAUAAAUUAUAUGCAUCUUGGGAUGUUUUGGAAUUGGAAUGUGCCCAGAAAGUGAAUUUUGUUAAGACAUUCGAAGAUGACGAGAAAAAGGAAACCUCGGAUUUGACAAUGGAAGAUAAGUCUGUUCAGGUUUGCGUCGAAGAAUUAGACACUUGUGUUGAAACCUCCACUCAGCAUCUGGAAUUUUGUUUGGACUACAGCGGACAUACAUUAGUUCCAAUCGAAACCAAUGAAGAUGAUGAUGAUGAUGGCAAGAACAAGGGACAAGAAGUUGCUCCUGAUCUUCAAAUUGCAUCGAAAGAGGAUGGAUUCAUUGAUGUUGAUUUAAACGAGGAGCCUCAUCAGUGUCUCAUGGAAAUCGAAGAAGAUGAAAACUCAUUAUUUUUUCAUCCGAAAACCGCGCAUUUGGUUGAAGCUUUCGACACAUUUCCAAUAGCCCGGUGGCCUUCCGAAGACAUACAAUAUGCGCAAGAACUUGUCGAAGCAUCCAUGGAUGCUCAUUCAGACAUCGAAGAAGCAGCUUGGGAAAGCAAUGGAAACAAUGCAGACGUUUCAAUCGGAACAGAAAUCCCUGAUCUUGAUAUAAUUCAAGAACACGAUGAUUUCGAAGAGAAGGUUCCGGAUACACCGACAUCCAUGGAGAAAAGGGAUUACGAAGAAUCACUGGAUGGAAGUGUGAUGAGCGAAAUGGACGGCUGCGAUGGAGCCGUUAUGAUUGAGCAGUUGAGAUCAGCUUUGCGAGAAGAGCGUAAGGCGCUUCGGGUGCUGUACUCAGAGCUAGAAGAAGAGCGUAGCGCGGCUGCUGUUGCAGCCAAUCAGACGAUGGCGAUGAUAAACCGGCUGCAGGAAGAGAAGGCGGCGAUGCAGAUGGAAGCAUUGCAGUAUCAGAGGAUGAUGGAGGAGCAAAGUGAGUAUGAUCAAGAAGCUCUGCAGCUUCUGAAUGAGCUGAUGGUGAAGAGGGAGAAGGAGAAGCAGGAGGUUGAGAGAGAGCUGGAAGGGUACAGGAAGAAGCUUCUAGAAUACGACAGAAACGAUACGACGAGAGUGUCGAGAAACAGCAGCAGCAGCCGCAAUGGAGUUUCGUCUGGCGAGGACAGCGACGGAGUUUCGGUCGAUCUGAAUCGCGAGGAACAUACGCCUGUCGAUGCAGUUUUCGAUUUGGAGGAAUUUGAGGAGGAGAGGUUGUCCAUUCUUGAGCAGCUAAAACUUUUGGAAGAAAAGCUUCUAACUUUAGACAACCACGGUGACGACGAUGAAGUUAGAGAAGUCGAGGUUAUCAAUGGACACACAAAUGGCUUCGCAAACGGCGCGAAAUCCAACGGUCAUCGUCACAACCAAAGGGUUGCAGCAGGGUGUAAUGGGAGAUCACUCCUUCCUCUGUUUGAUGCAAUAAGUGAUGAGAACGGAAUGAAUCACGACGGCGUGCAAGAUUCUUACGCGCCGAGGUUUGGUAUGCGAGAAAAGAAGCUCGCCGUGGAAGAGGAAGUGGAUAAUCUCUACGAUAGGCUACAAGCACUCGAGGCAGAUGGAGAGUUCCUCAAGCACUGCAUUGGCUCUCUAAAGAAGGGAGACAAAGGGAUGGAUCUUCUCCAAGAGAUCUUACGACAUUUGCGCGAUCUUCGCAGCAUCGAGCAUCGAGUGAGGCCGAUGAACUGAUCAUCAUGCAUGUAUGUUGUUAUUACAAGCAAGAAUUCAUACAAUUCAUUAUUUAACACUUCCCAGAUCAUUACAACAUCCCAUUCAAUUCCUUGUUGUUGUUGCAGAGGUUUCAUUUUGAAGCAAUGGAAGUGUUGGAAGUCUGUUGUUGUUUUGUCCUAAGAAUUAAUGUCUUGUUGAGGGGAAAAAGGGGGAAGAUGAAUGCAUGUGUAUGUAGUGUAGUGUAGUGUAGUGUAGGAAGCCCAGCCUGUCAUUUUUUUUGUAUGUUUCUGUGAGUUAUAGAGACAGAGAGCCAGCAAACAUUUUCUCUGCCAAAUUCAUGGCAAAAUUCUGUGUUUUUUUUAUCAUAUUGAAUUAUUUGUUUGUGAAGGAAAAGAGAACCAAACAUUGC